GCAGCAUGCAGCAGAGGGGCGGGGAGCUGUUAGAGCACAGCAGAGAGAGCCAACCUACCUACAUGCUUAUUGUGUAAAUCUUUAAAAAGCAAUUAGCCGCAGCAUCAUCUAAACCUUCCCCCCCGCCUGGGUGAAAUACAUAUAUUUUUUGGGGAAAGAAGUGUUUCCAUUCGGCUCCAGAAAAGGCAGGCACCAUCAUCAUCCUCAACCAUGACUGACAGGAAAGCUGUGAUCAAAAACGCAGACAUGUCCGAGGACAUGCAGCAGGACGCGGUGGACUGUGCCACCCAGGCCAUGGAGAAGUACAACAUAGAGAAGGACAUUGCAGCCUAUAUCAAGAAGGAAUUUGACAAGAAGUAUAACCCUACCUGGCACUGCAUCGUCGGGAGGAACUUCGGCAGCUACGUCACCCACGAGACAAAGCAUUUCAUUUACUUCUACUUGGGCCAAGUGGCCAUCUUGCUCUUCAAGUCUGGCUGAGAAGUUUCUGAUGGGUGUUGAGGAGUUUAUCUCCCUGAACCUAAAUCGGAAAUGCACUGGUGGCUGAUGUCUCCCAUACACUAAUAACGACAUACCAUAACGAUGCAAACCCGGCCGUGCGCAAUUGCAUGGACUAUACACUAUUUAAUAUGUAUGUUACAGUAAGUUUACUUUUCGAUAGUUGCCAUUUGAAUGCAACUUAAGUAGUUUUUGUUGAUGCUGUUAAAUUCUAGGUUGUAAAAGAUUUCAACGUGGCCCUUGAUUGUAAAAUAAAGGAAAGCUGUAGAAUGUAGUGGUGCAUCUGCUUUCCUUCACAAGUGGCAUUGCCAGACCCUGUUAUGAGACUCCAUCUGUCGGUUUAGAUGGUAAAAUCAUACUGCGUGCACCAGUUUAACAAUUCAUCAAGAUUCUAAUAUGUGAUCAUGAAAAGAGGUUGGUUAAUGGGGCAAAAUAGUCUUUUCACAUGACAAGCUACUUCAUGGCCUUCCUUUGGUUUCCAGGAGAACAAACAGCAUGACUUUAGUUUACUACUGAUAUUUUACUAAUUUAAUAGGAAUUAUGUUGUCUGUACUCGCAAAUACAAAACCUUUAAUGUUUUCAAUUUGGAUUUUAGAAUAAAAUAUCCAACGAUUUCAGAGAAG